CCGCGCCGGCCAUGGCGCUGCUGCUGGAGCACGAGUUCAAGCCGCUGCCCGCCGACAAGCAGAUCGAGACGCUGCCCUUCCUGGAGGCCGUGGCGCACCUGCCGCCCUUCUUCGACUGCCUUGGGACGCCCAUCGUGUACUCGCCCGUCAAAGCAGACCUAGCCGGGAACAUCAAGAAAAUCCGAGCCGUUUAUGAAACCAACCCCGGCAAGUUCAAAACGCUGCAGAACAUCCUGGAGGUGGAGAAGGAGAUGCACGGCUCGGCGUGGCCCAAGACGGGGGCGACGCUGGCGCUGAUGUGGUUGAAAAGGGGCCUCAAGUUCAUGCUCGUUUUGCUGCAGAGCAUCUCCGACGGCGAGAGGGAUGAGGAGCACCCAAACCUCAUCAGAGUGAACGCCCUGAAAGCCUACGAGAUCGCGCUGAAGAAGUACCACGGCUGGAUGCUGCAAAAGCUCUUCACGGGCUCCGUCUACGCGCUCCCAUACAAAUCAGAUUUGCUUAAGGCUCUAGAGAAGGGCAAGGAAGUGAAGGAGGAGGAGACCAUAGAGAAGAUCCGUCAGUUUCUGUCGCGAGUCAGCCCCAUCCUGGACGCGAUCUAUGAAAUGUACACGAGAAUGAACGCGGAGCUGAGCUACAAAGCCUAGCGCUGGCCCGGGACCCGCGCGGCCGACAGCAUGGUGCAACGAUAACUACCUGUGUCUUAAUCACUGUGACAACUCGGGCUGCUGCCGGUUGUCAGAUGCCCGAUUCUGGUCUGGAUCUGCAGUGGAUACCCUACUUUUUUAAAAAAGUAAUAAUUUUUUCUAUGGAUAAUACAGCAAUAAAUUAAUGGUAUCCUGAGUUGUCU